GAGAGAGAGAGGAGAAAGGAGAAAUAUCAAGAAGAGGCGUAACAUCACGUCAACUCCUCCAGAUCUUAACUCCUAACCUGUCCAUCUGGAAUAACGGUCCCUCCCGUGAAGUGGAACGCUACAUGCGCUUCUGGCUGCGUCCGACCCUCGUCUUCAUUCUCCAAACCUUUUUUACUUUCUUUCCUUCCUUCCUCCCAUCCAGCCCGGUUCAGGAGGGUUCCGUAAAACAUUCCGAUCCUGGAUGGAGUUCCUGAGAGUCUCUUAUCAAUGAAGCCGGAGAUCAUGGCGGAGGGGCCGCGCUGCAAGAGGCGAAAACAAGCCAACCCAAGAAGGAAGAACGUGCUGAGCUCCGAUGAAGAAGACAGACUGCAGGGUUCGGAGGGAGAGGGGAGUCCGGUUGGCGUUCCCAGCCUGGAGCCAUCGCCCCGAGUGGCACAUGCCCUCCUUUCAUGCCGGGGAGACGAGGAGGAUGAGAGUCACGACAUCUGGCAACACACAGACCUCAACGGUGCAGAGAGAAAAGAUGAAUACAAUCCUCUGAGCCCUGACAUGUCCCUCCAUGGAGCUGGAAAUGGUACAGUUAAGGGUAUUGAUGCCACUGCAGAGCUGGAGAGCUUCUUCACCAAGAGGAAGCUGGAGGACAACGAGGGAUGUCCUGCCAGCAUCGCUGAGUAUCUGCAACGAGGGGACACGGCUAUCAUUUACCCAGAAGACCCAGAGGAGAGCACGAGGCUGAGCACUCCAGAAGCCAACGGGCAGGAAGACAAUGAGAACGAUCUGACACUCAGGACGCCAGAUGACUUUGCCCAACUGUUGACCUGCCCCUACUGCGACCGUGGUUACAAGCGGCUGACCGCCCUCAAGGAACACAUCAAGUACCGGCAUGAGAAGAACGAGGAGAGCUUUCCCUGCCAGCUCUGCAGCGACACUUUUGCCUACCGCACACAGCUGGAUCGCCAUAUGGCCACCCACAGGCCUUCUAGGGACCAGCCUCCGGUUCUGAACGAAGGGGCUGGAAACCGCAAGUUCAAAUGCACCGAAUGUGGGAAAGCGUUCAAAUACAAGCACCAUCUGAAGGAGCACCUCCGCAUCCACAGUGGUGAGAAGCCAUACGAAUGCUCUAACUGUAAGCGCUUUUCCCACUCCGGCUCUUACAGUUCACACAUUAGUAGCAAGAAGUGCAUUGGCCUCAUCUCUAUAAAUGGACGGGUACGACAUGGGGUUGGCACCAAGUCUGGCUCAUCCCCAAACUCUGCCGCUUCAUCGCCAGGCAGCCCUGCCUUGGCUCAGCUAAGGAGCAAACUGGAAAACAGCAGGUGCUCUGGUCUCCAGGACCCAUUAGCCCACCCUGAUAUAAAGGCUGAGCCCAUGGACUUCAAUGAAUGCCGUCUUAUGAUGGCUUCACCACAUGAAUUCGGAGGACCUGCGGCUUUUCUUAAUGGUACUGGCCGUGGGGGGAGCCCCCUAGGGAUACACAAUUCGUCACAGAACCCCUUGCAGCACUUGGCUAUGAGACUGGAUUCACAUGCAUUAGGCUACACAGGCUUGACCAAUAACCUAACUAAGGUUCAGCGGGUCCUCCAGAUUGUCGACAACACUGUGUGCCGGCAGAAGUUGGACAGCAACACUGAGGAGACCUCCAAGUUGCGGGCUUACAUGAAGGAUGUGGGCUCCCAGAUGGAAGAGCACAAGUUGGCGCUGGCAGCCCAGGCUGGAUUUCAUGCAGCUGGACACAACAGUCCUAGCAAGAGCAUUUUUGACUACACGUUGGAGAAGGUCAACGAGGCCAAAACUUCCCUGCAGAGUCUAACCGAAGAUGCAGAGAAAAGAGCGCUUGACAUUAAGAAAGAGAGGCCAAGUCAUAUAAUUGGUGGCAUUUCAGAUGAGAAGGCCCAGGAUAGGGACAGCCAGUAUACAUCUUUCUCCUGCCAAUACUGCAAGGAGUCAUUUAAUGGCCCCAUUCCAUUGCACCAGCACGAGCGCUACCUUUGCAAGAUGAACGAAGAGAUAAAAGCAGUCUUGAAACCUAAUGAAAGUUUACCUGUCAGCCGCAGAGGCGUGUCCAGCAUAGAGCAACAGGGCGUUACAGUGUCCUCUUCUAUGCCAGACAGAAAUACAACUAGCCCAAUUAAUCCUUUUAAAGAUCACUUGUCGGUAUUGAAAGCUUACUUUGCCAUGAAUACAGAGCCCAGUUCAGAAGAACUGAGAAAAAUCUCCAUUGCAGUUGGUCUUCCCCAGGAGUUUGUCAAGGAAUCGUUUAUUCAAUGGAAAGCUCAAUCUCUCCACAGUUUGUCCAGAAAAAGGUCUCCACCUCCCGAAUGGGGCAGUGGGGAAAGCAACCAUGUCUUGGCUAGAGAAUCAGCACUUGCAAGAUCGCCUGCUUCUAUUGGCCAUUAUAGUGACUCAACAGCAGAACUCCAAGGUACUACCAAUGGUGAAACUGGGCCCCGGCUAUCAAAACACCACCAGCUAUCAAGCAUAAAACAUGAAAAACAAGUUGACUCAGUGGACCACAUGAGAGGUGAGACCCCAUCACCCCUGAAUCUUUCUUCAACAUCUUCAAAACACUCUUAUAGCAGCUCCUACACCCCUACAAGUCUCACCUCUGAGGAUACCCAUGGCGAACCUCUAGACCUGUCAUUGCCAAAACAUCUGUCCAAAUCUGACAAGAAGCCAAAGCCAAAUGGUUUCAACAUGCAUAGUGAGGUUGCUGUGCGAGAACAAGGAACAGAACCUCUGGACUUGGCUCACAUCAAGAAGGAGUUCAACGGCUCAAACAGCGUCGGCAACGAAAAUCAACUUGACAAAAGUUCAAGCCCAAUCUUUGGCAUCAACCCCUUCAGCGGAGCUCCGAUUUAUACGCCUCUACCACCACAUGGUGCAUUCCCUCCAUCUACGUUCAUGUCCCCAGCACAGGCCAGCAUCCCAGGACUAAGGCCUUACCCAGGGCUUGAUCCUAUGGGCUUCCUUCCACACAUGGCUUACACUUAUGCGGCAGGAGCAGCCACCUUUGUUGAGAUGCAGCAGCGACGGAAAUACCAGCGGAAACCAGGCUUCCAGGGGGAGCUGUUGGACAGCACAGGGGACUAUUUGUCAGGGCUGGAGGACCUGACAGACAGUGAGUUGCUGCUUGCCCGGAAGAAGAUUAAGAAGACCGAAAGUGGUAUGUACGCGUGUGACUUGUGCGACAAAACAUUCCAGAAGACCAGUUCCCUCCUAAGACACAAAUAUGAGCACACAGGAAAGCGGCCUCACCAGUGCCAGAUCUGCAAGAAGGCCUUCAAGCACAAGCACCAUCUAAUCGAACACUCGCGCCUGCACUCGGGCGAGAAGCCCUAUCAGUGCGACAAGUGCGGCAAGCGCUUCUCGCACUCGGGCUCGUACUCGCAGCACAUGAACCAUCGCUACUCCUACUGCAAGAGGGAGGCGGAGGAACGUGAGGCCGCCAAGCAGGAGAGCCAUGAGAACGGUGGCCUCCUAGAGCCCACGGAGCUGCUGAUGCACCACGCUUACCUAAAGGGACUUGCACCACUGAGAUUUUCUGAUCCCGAAGAGCAGGGCGAGGACAUGAUGCGAGGAAGCGCCAUCUUGAGAGACGGCAAAGAGGACGGGUCUAGGGAUGCGGAGAAGGUCUACCCGGAAGUGACGGACAGACGAGAGGCAAUGUUCAGGGAGGAGGAGGAGGAAAUGGAGGAGGAUAGGUUGGAGAGCCGAAGCCUGGACGGUAUAGCAAAAGAUGAGAAAGCGAACGAUGUAUCAGGAGGAACGGAAGACGAGAGCUCGGAGGAGAGGAAGGCGGAGAGCAAGACAGAUGGUGAGAACGAGGAUGCCGAUUAACUACUGCGAUUUGGAUUAAGCUUCCAGUGUUGUUUUUGUUUGUUUUAUUUUCCUUUUGCUUGUAUUGUUUGCUCCUUUUCCCUCGCAUUGAGGGACAUUGAGCCAGAUUCACUUUCGUGACCACACUGCCAUGUCUUGGUUAUUCGGUAUUGUAUUCUGAGACAUAAAGAGUGGAACUCAGGCUGGCAUUGUCCAUGGUCCAAACGAAACAAACAUACGAACGAACAAAAAAUAAUAAUAAAACAAGCAUCAAACCGGGUGAAAUUUCGAGAGUUUCCAUUAUGCAAAAGUGAUAAUGAUCUACAGUACAUUAUAAUAAAUGAACCGAUGGAAAGGUUUCACAAGUGUACAGAGUGAAACGUGAAGGCUGUGUGGUGCUUAUUUCCAUAACCGCCCUGUGUUUUUAUUGUGAUCACAGCACAAGCCUCGAAUUGCACUCUGAUGAAUUACUACAUGGAAUAAUAAUUGUAAAAAAAAAAAAAUUGUAGAAAAGAGUAAGCAUUUGCGUAUAUGUACAGUACAUACACUGCGCUUGAAGCCGCAGUAAGCGUGUCAGUGUUAAUUUUUUUUGUUGUUGUUUUUUUUUAUCACUUACUGUGAUAUCCUUGUUUUUACCUUUUCUUUACCUGAUCUGCCACAUGUUUAUUUUGGAAUCACAUUACGGCUUUUUUAUGAAGCGUCUUUAUCUAAAUAAUGCCUGUAUGGUUCAAAAUGAAGGAAAAGUCUUAAAAGAAAUUAACAGCGGUUACGACGAAGUUUCUGUUGCGCGAGACUUUGUCGGGGAAGCCCUGUGUUUCGUUUUUUUCGUUCGAGAAAAAAAAAAGCCUUAUAUGCAAACCCUUUCACCUGUGUUUUUUUUGCAAGUGCCAUCCACCCUUGUAAAAGUGUAGAACGUGGAGUCACCGCGUGUCCUCUCCACGAACACCUGCUACUUAAGUAUUACGUGGAAAAAAAUAAACAUUUUCAACAUUCACCUUCAUAUUUUGAAUUACCUUCAUCAGUAUUAGUAUAGCUAAACUUCCUAGUUUACAUAUUGUUUGUGCAAUUUUCUGUAUUUUUUUUUUUUCCAUGACCAUCUGUCAGUAUUACCAUGGUAUGUUUUGUUCAAUACAAAAAAAAAAAAAAAAUCCAAUUAUUUUUAUUUUAAACUACCAUUUUAUUUAUGUGACUCAUUUUAUAUUUCCUAAUUAUAUUUAUUUCAUACUGUAGUGUACAGUAUUAUAGUUCCUCGUUAUAGAUAUAUUUUAGUAAAAAUGGAUCCUGACAAGUGAAUAUCGGAGCAAAUUUUACAUUGAGAGCAUUUAUUGUAUCUGGAACAGUUACUCUUAAUUGUUCUACUUACUUAAUGUACCUAAUGAAAGGAGAUUCUACAAUUUGGGAACUUUUGAUACGAUAUUGUGAAAACACUGUAUUUUUGACUGAGAAGAAGGAGGAGGAGGAGGAGGAGGAGGAAGAAAAAGAAAAUUCCACUUUAUUCGUCUGUUUUUCUUUUUAGCUGAAGAGAUGAAGGUUUUCUGUGGUCAAUGGGAUUCUUGAAAUGUCUGUUGAAUUAUAAUUUAAUUUUUUUUUUUUUAAUUUGUAUUUUCUCUUGGAAAUGAAAUUGCUCGAAUAAACGUAGCCCAUUUUAAUUUUCAA